CGUCGAGCAAUCGUGUUCAGUGUCCGCAUUGCUGCAAAUAGCCGCUGAAAGCAUGUUCCGACAUGCCGUCGCGACUGCGGUAAGACGCCGUGCGAGCCAUGCCAUCGCUGCGACCCGUGCGGGCCCGCCACGCCAAGGCCAGGCCUGCCGCUGCCUCGCCACGACGCCGCCGACGCCGCCGCAGCCGAAGCGAAGCAAGCCCGAAGCGCUCUUAGCACUGGCGCGCGUCGACGCGCCGGCCGGCACGCUGCUGCUCUACUGGCCGGGCGCGUGGUCCAUCGCGCUCGCGGCGCCGCCCGGCGCCCUACCUGAUAUGAAACUCCUGGCUCUAUUUGGCGCCGGCUCCGUAAUCAUGCGGGGCGCCGGCUGCACCAUCAACGAUAUCCUAGACAGAGACGUCGACGGCGCCGUCGAGAGGACAAAAACCAGACCGCUCGCCGCGAACGAACUAAGCGUGCAAGAGGCGACGGCGUUCCUCGCGGUGCAACUGACCUGCGGCUUGGGUGUGCUGACGCAGCUCGACUUGUCUUCCAUAGCUCUGGGGGCGUGCUCCGUGCCUCUGGUAUUAACGUAUCCAUUGGCCAAGAGGUUCUUCGCGAUGCCUCAAUUAGUGUUGGGCUUGACCUUCAACUGGGGCGCGUUGCUGGGCUACUCUGCGGCCACGGGAGGCACGGUGGAUUACGGCGUGUGCCUGCCCUUGUAUGGUGGGUGCGUCGCUUGGACUCUAUUGUAUGAUACCCUGUACGCGCACCAGGAUAAAACGGACGACGCCAAACUGAAACUGCGGUCGUCGGCAUUAACAAUAGGUGAUCAAAAUACGCCUAUGUUUCUUCGUGUUUGUGGUGUCGCGACGGUAAGCGGCCUCGGCCUCGCGGGCUACACUGCGGGUUUCAAUGAUGCGACGGCGUGGCCCUUCUACGCGUCGCUCGCAACCUUCGCGGCCCACCUCGCCUGGCAGGUCGAGACGGCUGAAUUGGAUAACCCGGCGAACCUCGGCGCGCGGUUCCGGAGCAACGGCGCGAUCGCGCCGGUCGUGUUGCUUGGCGUCGCGGCGGCGACGCUGAAUAGCGCCUAAUUUUGUUGGUUGUUGUGU